AUGGAUCGACGUGGUCUGCGGCCGUUGCGAGCGCGAGCUGAAAAGGAUUCCCUGCAAAACCUCUGCAAGCAGCCACCUGCGAGGACGGUUUGGCCUUGGCAAGAUGACCUGUCUCAGGAGGGGCCUCGCCUGCGUGGGCAGCGACAGGCAAGUCGCAAAGUCAAAUGGUGCUUGCCGGAAGUAUGUGAAGACCCCAUCCAGGAGUCGCCAGCGAAGUGCCGGAAGAUCGAGGAACCGGCGCAACCGAUGGUGGCAAUGAAGGCGAAAGAGGAAGUCAUGCACGGAAGAUUGCGCUGGGAUGAGAAGGAUCGAAGGUUCUUGUUCGCUUUCAAGCUUGCCGACGGCAAAAGCGUGAACUUUCAGACCACGUGCAAAGCCGCAGGAAGCAAAGAAGCCGCCGAACGCAUCUGUCGCCUUUGCCAGGAGAAGUUUCAGACUGGAGCCAGCAAGAGCGAAGUUUCUGCAUACAGAGACGAGCUGUACAAGGAAGCAUGCAAAGCCGACACCCCGAUCAAAUUGGAGGCUCAAGGUGAGAAGAACGAGGGUUGGCCAACGGAGGAGCCAACCAAGAUCAAGGACUGCAAGGGUUUGGGCGCGCACCUCUUCUGGUGCUUUGCCAUGGAGGUGCUGGCAGGCUCGACAGGUCCCCUCCCAGCACGGCGCUUGCAAGCCACGCUGCCCCGCAAGGUCGUUUGGCGGGCCUUUCGGGGUGCCAAGCAUGUCCUUGGAGCCAAGGCUGAUUGGGAGGGCAUCCGGGCAGUGUGGGCGACCCAAUGGUGGGCACAGGAGCAUCUUCCGGGAGUCAAGCGGGCCUUGGCCUCGCGUGGCUCCAGGCUUCAUCUGGCAGAUGUAGCCCAGCUCCUUGCCCAGUUCGAGGCCACGGUGAGAAAGGAGCGCUCUAGUCAGGCUCCGACUCAAGGCCAGAUGUGGGCCCUGGCCGCACCUGGCGGCCAGGCAGACGCAACCCUCGCGAAGCCAGCAGCAACCGCUUCUGGGCAUGCGGUGCCAGAGGCGGAGGCUGAUACAAAAGUUGGUGCGACUGCAAAGAGUGCAGGCCGCCAGGUGGUCGAAGACAAAGGCAAGAAGAUCAAGGAUAGGCGUGGCCAGGCUGCCGAGCCGCCGGCUGCCGAGGCCACGGAAAGCAAAGCAAAGCCUAAGGCGCCCAAGGAAGAACAGAAGGGCAAGGCGCCACCAGUUGCCAUCUCUACCUGCAAGGCAGCCAAAGCUGCCCAGAGCAAGACAAAAGCCAAGGAAAGUGCUGACAAAGUCACUGUGCGCACUGGGAAGCGAGCUUCCGGCAAGGCUUCCACAAGCAUCAAAGACGAAGAUGAGCAGAACAACAAGGUGCCUCGCCUGCGCCAGAAGCCCGAAGCUUCGGAGCCUCCUGCGGUGCGUUGCGGCGUCUGCGGCGUGGCCAUGGAGAGCGCUGGGUCUUGCCGCGACUGCACGUCCAUGUUGUCCGAGAAGUUUGCCCUGCGAUACGUCGUCGGAGAUCGGGUGUGGUGCUCCGGAUAUGGCCCACGCUGGCCAGCAAAAGUGGAGGUGAUUGCGUUCGACAAUGCCGAGGACACUGAGCCAUAUUGCGUGUCAUUCUAUGCAGAGAAGACCAGCGCCUGGGUGAGCGAGGCGAAGCUCAUGCCGUGGGCGAGCACCAAGCCAUCGCGGCCAGCAAAGCGCUGGCACCGCCGGUUCAAUGCUGCCCUGGCUGCCGCAGAAGCUGACAGUGAACCCAGCGGAAAGUAG